AUGGCCCAGUUGGGCCUACAUCACUUGAUGAGUCAUGAGAGUGAGUUCAUGGUGACGCAAUUAAAACGGCGCCUGAAUUUUUGUAUGGCGAGAAAAGAGAAACACGCAGCAAAGUACCACUUUUCCCGCCACUGCUCCGCCGAUGAUUCACUCAUCGACUCCGCCGGUCUCCCCCAAAACCAACACCACCACCGCCGUCCAGAUCUGGAAUUAAUCUCCCUUCCUUCAUCGAGUGGUUCUUUAAUCAUCGAGAAGGAGAAUUUCGAGAUUCAUUACGUUAUUUAUCUCCGGGCUGUAGCAGGUUCGAUUGGAGCCUUUGAGGUGCCCUUUCAGGCAACAGUUUUGCGUUUUGCUGCUCAAAUUCUGUUGGACUUAAUAGCAUUUAGUCUGUGCAACAACAAACUUAAGGUCCCCGAGGCAAUUACCAAGGAAAUCGUGAAGUUCAAACAACUUAGAGCUCUCUGUAUAAACGAUAAUCCAAUCCUACAGAAUUUGGAGUUUUUGUACUCAGGGGUGGGUUAUGAUCCUCUUAAAGCCUUGGUGUUGGACAACAAAAAGAAGCAAGAUGCUGCAUGGAAUGAAAAAGUUGGACAUAUGAGGGUAUGGCAAUCUAUACAUUAUACUACUACUACUACCACCACAAGUGCAACAGAUGAUAAUAAUAAGAAAAAGAGAAAAAAAGAAGCAUCCCCUGAAGAAUGCGAUCAAGCUGUUGAGGGCUUAAGCAGUGCCAAGGCUAAAGCAAAAACCAAAAAGGUGAAGGAUGCAAAAUCCAUUUUCCACAGGACUUGUGGUGUGUUAUCGGGUAUUCGUCCAGCUCUAAGAGCUGUGGCUUCCAUGAGCAGGGAAGAUUGGGGUAAGAAAGUGAGUCACUGGAAAAAUGAAUUUGUAUCAAGCAUGAAGCAUUAUUGGUUGGGGAUUAAGCUCCUUGGUGCUGAUGUGAGGAUCAGUUCCAGAAUGCUUCUAAAGCUUGCCAAUGGAAAGAGUCUCUCAAGGAGAGAGAGACAGCAACUCACACGAACCACUGCAGAUAUCUUUAGACUUGUUCCUGUUGCUGUUUUUAUCAUCGUACCUUUCAUGGAGUUUUUGCUUCCAGUAUUCUUGAAAGUAUUCCCCAAUAUGUUACCUUCUACUUUUCAGGAUAAGAUGAAAGAACAGGAAGCAUUGAAAAGAAAGCUAAAUGCAAGAAUAGAAUACGCAAAGUUUCUUCAGGAUACAGUUAAAGAGAUGGCAAAAGAGAUCCAAAACAGCAGGAGUGGAGAAGUUAAGAAAACAGCAGAGGAUCUUGAUGAAUUUCUUAGCAAGGCCAGAACAGGUGCUGUUGUUUCCAAUGAGGAAAUAUUGGGAUUUGCAAAGUUAUUCAAUGAUGAACUUACACUUGAUAAUAUCAGCAGGCCUCGUUUAGUGAAUAUGUGCAAGUAUAUGGGAAUCCAACCCUAUGGGACAGAUGCUUACUUGCGAUACAUGCUUCGCAAAAGAUUGAGAUGGAUAAAGAGUGAUGAUAAGAUGAUUGAAGCAGAGGGUGGUGUUGAUGCUCUCACUGAUGAUGAGGUUCGUGAAGAUUGUAGAGAGAGAGGCAUGGUUGGAUUACUCACUGUGGAGGAAAUGCGUUACCAGCUGCGUGAUUGGUUGGAUUUAUCUCUUAAUCACUCUGUUCCAUCUUCACUCCUGAUCCUUUCCAGAUCUUUCACUGUAUCUGGAAAGUUAAAGCCUGAGGAAGUUGUCCGAGCUGCAUUGUCUUCAUUACCUGAUGAAGUUGUGGACACUGUUGGUGUUACAUCAUUGCCAUCUGAGGACUCUGUUUCAGAAAGAAAGAGAAAGCUGGAGUUCCUUGAAAUGCAAGAGGAACUCAUCAAGGAAGAAGAAGAGAAAGAGGAAGAGGAGCAAGCGAAGAAGAAGGAAUCUGUUGAUGUGGCAUCAUUAAAAGAGGAGCUGAUUAGCAUAACAGCCUCAGAAGCACAGGAAGAGGCAAGAGCAAGAGCAUUAGAAAAACAAGAGCAGCUCUGUAAAGUCAGUGAAGCUUUGGGUGUAUUAGCUUCUGCAUCUUCUGUGAGUAGGGAGAGAGAAGAGUUUCUGAUGCUUGUCAACAAAGAGAUAAAUUUUUAUCAUAGUAUGAUGGAGAAAGAGGGAAUUGAUAGCGGAAAAGAGGCGAUGGAGGCAUAUAGAGCUGCACGCAUGGAAACUGAAGAUUCAACUACUGAUGAACAACCUGUAGCUGAUGAGGUCUCUUCAGCCCUCAUAAACAGGGUUGAUGCCAUGCUCCAAAAUCUUGAGAAAGAAAUUGAUGACGUGGAUGCAAAGAUUGGUGAUCGUUGGCGAGUGCUUGACAGAGAUUAUGAUGGAAAAGUGACUCCUGAAGAAGUGGCAUUUGCAGCCAUAUACUUGAAAGAUACUUUAGGCAAGGAAGGGGUUCAGGAGCUUAUCACCAACCUUUCCAAAGAUAAAGAGGGGAAGAUUCUUGUUGAAGACAUAGUGAAAUUGGGCAGUCGGGCAGAAGAUGCUGACUGA